GUACUUGUCUGUGAUCUCUCGUCACUCUUUGUAGGUGUGGAUUUAAGAGUCUGGCUAUAAAAAGGGUGCGAGUUAGUAUUAGAAUCCCAGCGAUAUACUGUGAUCCCGAAUAUCCCACCUACCUACUUUUCACACUAGCGUCCACUAUGUCUAAUCCCCGCGUCUGGUUCAUCACUGGUGCUUCAUCUGGCUUUGGUAGAUACAUGACAGAGCAUGUUAUGGCCAGUGGUGAUAUCGCCGUAGCCACCCUUCGCAAGCCAGAAGUACUAUCAGAGUUUGCAGCCAAGUACUCAAAAGACAGGCUGUUAGUCUUGCAACUUGACGUCUCGAAAAAAACCGACAUUGAGAAUGCAUUCGCUCGAGCUAUAGAGGCGUUCGGCAGAAUUGAUGUUGUGUUCAAUAACGCCGCGUAUGGUUUGUUUACAGAAGUUGAAGGAACCCCUGAGGAUCUUGCUCGCACCAUGUUCGAGGUCAAUUUCUGGGGAGCUGCUAAUGUCGCGCGGGCUGCUGUACGAACGUUCAGGGAAGUCAACGCGCCUGGAAAAGGGGGGGUCUUGCUACAAAUAUCCUCUUUGGGUGGACUAGUAGCACACCCGUCUGUUGUGUAUUACGGUGCUAGCAAACAUGCAUUGGAAGGCUUCAGCGAAGGGCUCGCUGGAGAGGUUGACCCCGCUUGGAACAUCAGAGUCUGUAUUGUUGAGCCAGGAGGCUUCCGCACCGAAGGUGUCAGCAACGGGAUACUUGUCCCUCAACAUCCUGCUUAUAUCAACCCAGAACUACCUUCGUCGAAACUGCGUGCUGACAUUGAAAGGCACGGUGGGUCCUGGCAGGGGGAUGCAAAAAAGGGUGUGCGGGUGAUAUAUCAAGUGGCUAGUGGAGAUAAAAUACCCCUACGACUGCCUCUGGGGAUGGAUGCUGUGGCAGGAACACGAGAAGUAGGCCAGAGGCUCGUAGCCGCGGCAGACGAGAGCGAGCUAUUCUCAGCUGAUCUGCUCAUCGACUCAACCAACUGAGAAAUCAAGUUUCCGUGUCGACAAGUUGUACAUCAGUAAUAUAUGCUUCCAUAGCGGAGAGUAUUGUCAUAAAUGCAUGAAUAAAAUAACGGAAAUUCGAAA